AUGAAGCUUGCUGCAUUUUUUGCGGUUCAGGCCGCUACUGAUGCGAAAAUACUUGGCAAUGAAAGAGCUCCUAAGAAUUUGCCUGAAUGCGUUGCUUCUUACCAGUCCCCGUCUGCAGCAUACAUUGCAAAGGCAAACGAGUACCUUAAAAACCAUGGAAUUUUCGACGGCCACAAUGAUCUUCCCUUGACAUAUACCGACCUUUUUCCUGAGAAUCAGGAUCUUGGAAAAAUUGACCUCUAUGAACGCGAGCCUGCUCAAAAUCCACCAGACAUGCAAUACCAAGUCAGAUCUCAUACCUCCAUCCCAUUGGCUCAAGAAGACGCCGUCUCGUGGGGACUUGAGCAACUAGAUGUUACGAGAAGAAUGAUCGAUGCUUACCCAGAAAUGAUCAUUCCGAAAACGGCACAAGAAGCAGAAGACCUUAUCCGAAAAGACGAGUUUUCGAUAGCCUCUGUAAUGGGACUAGAAGGAGGACACAUGAUCGGAGAGUCGUUGGCGAUUUUGAGACAGUACUACGAGCUCGGAAUUCGAUACAUGACACUGACGCAUAGCUGCAGCUUGCCCUGGGUCGUUGCGAGCCCGGAUGAUGACAAGACUAGUGAAGGAUUGACGGACUUUGGAGUCAAAGUCGUGAAGGAAAUGAACAGACUCGGCAUGAUUGUUGAUAUUUCACAUGUCAGUCACCAUACCAUGCGAGCUGCACUGGCCCACACGACCGCGCCAGUAAUGUUUUCGCACUCGUCUGCGCGGGCCCUGGCUGACACUCACCGCAACGUUCCAGACGAUGUUCUCCCCUUGGUUAAGGACAACGGCGGCGUCAUUAUGAUCGUCUUUUACACCGAUUUUGUCAAACGAAACGCUGUUUCGCAGGACGAAGAUGGAAAUUAUGUUAUUUGUGUAACUGCAGAUGAUGUUGUUGAUCACAUGAUGCAUAUCGGAGAAAAAAUAGGUUUCGAACAUGUUGGAAUCGGUGGCGACUACAAUGGCGUUCGAACUUUGCCUCACGAUGCUGAGGAUGUUUCCAAGUACCCACUUGUCAUGGCGAAGCUCAUCGAGCGACUAGAGCAGAAAAACUAUCCUGAGAGCGAGAUUCGAACGAUUAUCCAAGGAGUUGCGAGUGACAACAUUCUUCGAGUGUGGAAAGCUGUUGAAGUUGAGUCCGCAAAACUAAAAGCCGGUGGAAUGGAACCGAUUUGGGAGUGGAUUCCAACGGAAGAUCGGGUUUGGGACAACUCUGAUACGAACACUUGCAAAUCAGGACGAGAUUGGCCAGUUGCUGAGGACGACGAAGGAAAGAACAAUUCAGAUGGUGGUGGGAAUUCUGCAUCGUUUCUUGGACUUUCUCUGCCUCUUGUUCUUUUUUCUCUUAUGAAAUAA